AGGAAGUACUUUCGGUUCGCUGCAGCUAACAGCCCCGGAUAGCGCAGAGCAGUGAGAGUGUGUGACAGCAAAGUUUUGUCACGGAGAACAUUUGUGCGUCCAGCGGCCUCGUGUGUGUUUCUAACACACGUGAGGGGACGUCGUGUUCAGCAGGAAGCUGCGUCGCAGAGAGGAGACGAGGGGAAACUGUGUGCCAUGGAAAUGCCGCUCACACCACUGUCUGAUAGGCCAUGAUAGGCUUGUCGAGUUAUGCAGGGGUUAUGGAAAGUCUAAUGAAUUCUGCUGAAGAGCAGCAACCCUCCUCUCCCCUGGCCAAGGCAUUGUCAAAGAAGCAGGAACCGAGCAAGCAUCCAAAGCCAAAAGGUGUUGGUGGAUUUGUUUUAGUGCAUGCAGGAGCAGGAUACCACUCUGAAUCCAAGGCCAAGGAGUACAAGCAUGUGUGCAAAAGAGCAUGCCAGCGAGCUGUGGACCAGCUCAAAGCUGGGGCUCUUGCAGUGGAAGCAGUGGCUGCAGCGCUGGUUGAACUUGAGGAUUCUCCUUUUACAAACGCGGGCAUGGGCUCCAACCUGAACUUGUCAGGGGAAAUUGAAUGUGAUGCAAGUAUCAUGGAUGGGAAGUCGCUACAUUAUGGAGCUGUUGGUGCUAUUAGUGGUAUUAAGAACCCAGUCUUGAUUGCAAACCGUCUAAUGACUGAAGCACAGAAAGGGAAACUCUCAGCUGGCAGAAUACCACCCUGCUUUUUAGUGGGGCGAGGCGCACACGACUGGGCCGUCAGCCAUGGAAUACCACCAUGCCCCUCAGAGAAAAUGGCCACCAAAUUCAGUUUGUCUGCGUACAAGAGGAACAAGCGGAAGAUGGAGCUGGCAGAGAAAAUGGACACAGGAGAGAAUCCGAAAAAGAAACGAAGACAAUCAAGUGAAAAUGUGAGUUCUGUGGAGAAUGGUUCUGGGUGUCUCGACACUGUGGGAGCUGUUGUGGUGGACCUGGAAGGGAAUGUAGCAGCAGCAGUGUCGAGUGGAGGCCUGGCGAUGAAACACCCUGGCAGGGUCGGCCAGGCUGCCCACUACGGAUGUGGCUGCUGGGCUGAAAAUGCCUGUAAUAUGAACCCUUACUCCACAGCAGUGAGUACCUCAGGUUGCGGAGAGCAUCUGAUUCGCACCAUGCUGGCACGGGAAUGCUCCACUGCCAUGCAGUCUGAUGAUGCCCACCAAGCACUGCUGGAUGCUAUGCAAAACAAGUUCAUCAGCUCCCCCUUUCUGGCCAGUGAAGACCGUGUUUUGGGAGGAGUAAUUGUCCUGCGGUGCUGCAGAUGUGUGGAAACCCAGCCAUCUCCAAAUAUUCAGGGUAUACUGGUGGAGUUCCUAUGGAGUCACACCACAGAGAGCAUGUGUGUUGGCUACAUGUCGGCCCAAGAUGGCAAAGCUAAGACACACAUAUCCAGAUUACCACCCGGGACUGUUCCUGGACAGUCUUUGGCCAUCGAGGGAGGUGUGUGCCGACUGAUGAGCGUAGUGGAGUGAGCCACAUCCGCCCUCCUGGGCUUCUUCAGCAAUACUCCAAAACAUACCCUUUCACACACACACAUGCACACACAACCCUCACCCCCACCGCUUUAGCUGUUUUAACUAGAGCAUGACCAAUACUGGAUGUUAAGACUGAUACAGUUUUAUUGUUUCUCUUCACCUGCCCAGAAACUACAAAUGCUAUACACUUUAUAUAUACAGUAGGACGAGUGUGAGGUCCUUGCUGGACAAACGGACGCUUGUCCCAGCAGCGCGAAGAGUGAAAGUGAUACAGAUGUUAUGCAGAGGAGGGUAAAAACGUUAUGGUUGUUUUGACCGAUCACCGACAUGGUCAGAGAGAGAGAGAUAGAGACAGACGGACAGACAGAAAGAGCGAGCGAGCAAUGCUCCUCUUUUAUGUCAUUAUGAGAAGUGUUCAAAGUUUUCAGAUCACUAUUUCAAAAUUUUCGAAAGCAUCUUUUUCCGCAUAACAUUUUGUAAAAAUACAUUUUCCCAUUAGCACAUAUCAGACGCCCUGUCUGCCAGGAUACAGUAUCUGUGAUAGGCCGAUAUCAGCUGAUAAGAUCUGUUGACCGACGUAUCGGUCGGGCUCUAGUUCUAACAGGUGUCUAGAAAGGACGGAGGGGGGUUAGCUUCUAUUUAGUGCACUUACGGGACUUCCCUUUGCCACUGUCUGCCUCCAGCAUGUACUCUAUGCCAACUUACUCCCAGGCUCUUCAGUGUCACCUGGAUUAGACUUGAUGCACCAUGUCUUUCUUUGUUACUCUUUUCCAACUAAAAGUGACGUCCUUCCUUUUGUAUAUAAGCUAUGAGGAUUUAGGAAAACAGGGUGGAUUUUUUUCGUUUUAUUUUGUAUCGCUGAGCAGAUGUGACUAUUUUCAAAAGCAAGAUUGUAUUUUGUUCUCAAAAUACUUUUCAUGGUUAAAAAAAAGAUGUCAGAUUGCACCUUGUGGAAAGCCUGCUACUCAAAACAAUUGUUACGAAUGAAGCAUUUGUAGCUGCGACAGUUAGUGAUGAUAACAGCAUUUUUACAAUGUUAACAUGUACAGACCAGCUUCCAUGUACUCGUGAAGGCAUAUUGUUAUUAACCCUGCAGCUUUACUCCAUACUGUAGCAUAAUGUGCAUUUUAGGUCAAGUAUAGCAUGUAUGGAUUCUACAGUACGCAACUGAGACAGAUGAAGAAGCAGGAAGCUAUUGGAUAUAUAUAUAUAUAUCACACACACGCACAUAUGUGUGUGGAUGUUUGUGUGUGUGUGUGUGUAUGUAUACAGAAUACUGUU